UACUAUGUCUUGUCUCAAGCAGCAAGUAGAUGGCGUCUGACUACAAGCUAACGGUACAGUGAGAUAGCUGAGUCACACAGACUGGAAAAGGCAACAGUACAGAAAUUGGUGUGUAUACGCCUCUUAGCGCUUGACAAUUACUAAAAUCGGUCCGAAGAUGUUGACGAUCACGUUGAAGACUCUCCAACAGCAAACAUUUAAAAUUGAGAUAGACGCCGAAUCACUGGUUAAAGCCUUGAAGCAAAAGAUUGAGGCAGAAAAGGGGAAAGAUGGGUUUCCAGCCGCAGGACAAAAACUAAUCUAUGCAGGUAAGAUUUUGAAUGACGAGAUACCUCUAAAAGACUACAACAUCGAUGACAAAAACUUUGUGGUGGUCAUGGUUACAAAGCCCAAACCCCCCGCUCCUACCCUCCCCUCUCCUUCCCCAGCUCCAUCCACUCUCCCUGGGCUACCCCUCUCAGACGCUGCCCGUCCCACCUCCACCCCUGCGCCUAGCAUCCCAACCCAAGUCCCCACACCCACAUCAGCCCCCGUCACUGCCCCGACACAGACUCUGAUCCCCGCCUCAGCCCAGACCCCAGUACCCCCUGCAGCCAUGGGAGCUAGCGCAGCUCUAGCCCCGGCCCCGGCCCCAACCUCGGCCCCAGCUUCCACCCCAGCCUCGGCUUCUCAGGAGGAUCACCCUGAUAGGCCGGCAGCCACUCCUCCUGUCCUUUCCUCACCAAGCCUAGUUGAUGACCUGGGCCUCUUAGAAGAAGCAGCAUCAAUACUUGUCACGGGUCAGGCGUAUGAGAACCUAGUGUCAGAGAUCAUGUCUAUGGGCUAUGAGAGGGAGCAGGUGAUAGCAGCACUGAGAGCCAGCUACAACAACCCAGACCGAGCGGUGGAGUACCUGCUCAUGGGUAUCCCAGCUGAGCCUGACCUCCCCCCCCAGGAGAUCAUCCCGCCUACGGCUCCCUCCAACCCCCAAGCCCCCGCCGCAGAGAGACCCCAGCCCCUUCUAGCCACCAGCGCAGGGGGUGGAGUCGUAUCCUCGACCCAGCCUCCCCUGACCGUGGGCGGAGGAGGAGGAGGAGGAGGAGGGGGGACUGGAGCCGCCAACCCCCUGGAGUUCCUGAGGAACCAGCCUCAGUUCCAGCAGAUGAGACAGAUCAUCCAGCAGAACCCGGCCCUGCUCCCUGCUCUGCUGCAGCAGCUGGGCAGAGACAACCCACAGCUACUGCAGCAGAUCACCCAGCACCAGGAGCGCUUCGUCCAGAUGCUGAACGACCCCCGCGCCACCGAGGCGGAAGGGGACGUGGAGGGCGAGGGCGAGGGGGAGGGGGCCGGUGCUGGGGCGGGGGCUCAGGGUGCGCCGCAGACCAACUACAUCCAGGUCACUCCACAGGAGAAGGAGGCCAUCGAGAGGUUAAAAGCCCUGGGCUUCCCCGAAGGACUGGUCAUUCAAGCAUACUUCGCGUGUGAGAAGAACGAAAAUCUAGCCGCUAACUUCCUGCUUCAACAAACAUUUGACGACGAGUGAUGUCUGAUGUGUCCUUCUGGGCCAGCAGAGUAACAGUGGGCCAGUGAGCGUGUGUGUGUGUGUGUGGGUGUGACACCGUGCUACAGAGUGUGUCUUUGUGGCGGACAGAUGACGGCCAGGUGAUCUGUCUCCCAAAAAAUCAUGAAUGGUCUUCCGGGACACCGCCUGAGUGAACGAUGAAGCCAUGAUGUGAUUUGUUCGUUGUGAGUUAAGCGGCCCCCACCCUUCACCCCCCCCACCCUUCACCCCCCCACCCUUCACCCCCCCACCCUUCAC